CUUAAAGCUGUUCACCAGCAAUUGCAAGCUUUGGCUAAAACCACCGUGCCCAGAUUGAAGAAGAAAGGGAAAUUUAAGAAGGAAAAAAGGAAAAGCAAAGCCAGAAUCCAGCCCACGAUCCAGAAAAGCAGAAAAAUGAAGCAGCUGAAGAAAAAAAUGGCUUUGAACCUUCAUUCCAAGAAAAGCCAGCAGCAAGAAGAACUUGCAGGACUCAAGACCGAGGAGGAAGAUGCUGCCAAGCCAAUGAGUUAUGAUGAAAAGAGGCAAUUAAGCCUAGACAUAAAUAAACUCCCAGGGGAGAAACUUGGCAGAGUCGUGUAUAUCAUUCAGUCAAGGGAGCCAUCACUGAGACAUUCAAAUCUUGAAGAAAUUGAAAUAGACUUUGAAGCUCUCCAAGCUUCAACUUUACGGGCACUGGAGAAAUAUGUCAUGACUUGCUUGAGAAAAAGGCCCAAGAAACAUUACGCAAAAAACCCCAAAGACCAAUUUACUUUAGAGAAGCCACAAGCUCAGAGGUUGCUGAAUGUCAGCGGUCUGCUCUGCUCAGUCAAGCAAAAUGCAAAAUGUAACAGCACCACUAAAGAAGAUGCUGAAAACUCUUCCGAGAUUACUCCCGUAACUUGUUAUCCAUGUGGUAUAGUGAAAAGUGACCUGCAAGAGCUUGACAACAAAUUGCCUUUGGGAAGCCCUUCUGCUGAUGGUUUGUUCUCCAGACUCUCAUGGCCAAAUCAUUUUUCUGGAGCUGCUGAAGGCCUUUCUAGGAGUGAGUUUCUGUUGGAUCCAAGCAGAAGUUACAGCUAUCCAAGGCAGAAGACUCCCAACACACCAAAGAGAAGCUGUCCAGCACCUUUUACAUUCGAUUUUGACAGAAAUGAAGUCUCUGCAGGAGAUGUACCACCAGCUACAAUUGAGGCAGAAUGCACUAUGCCCAGUUGCCCAAAGUCAGCAAGUUACUCACUUGAAUAUACCGAUGAAAAAUGUUUGGCAAUAAGUGGCACCUUGCAGUCACUUUCUUGCCCUGCCUUACCCCCUCGUGCACCAAAGAUGGUGGAGGAGAAACCAGGGCUUGACUUCUGUCCUGGGUCUCUCAGAAUAGAUGGUGCUGAGGAAGAUCCUCACAGGAGCUCUCCAGACCUUUCUGAAGACCAGUAUCUGGAUAAAAAAAGCAUGCAAGACCUCUUCUCGGUUUCUUAUUCUUUCUCGUCACCCCUUCAUCUUCAGCUAGCGCCGAGAUCUUGUGGUGACGGUUCACCAUGGCAGCCACCUGUAGAUCUGUCUGGGCUUUCCAUUGAGGAAGUAUCUAAGUCUCUACGAUUUAUAGGCUUGUCGGAGGAUGUCAUAACACUUUUUGUUACUGAAAAAAUUGAUGGCAACUUGCUUGUCCAGCUCAAUGAAGAGAUCCUUUCUGAGGAUUUUAAACUCAGCAAACUGCAAGUUAAAAAAAUAUUGCAAUUUAUUAAUGGCUGGAGACCUAAAAUGUAGUGCUGACCAGUUCAACAAAAUGUAGAAGUAUGCUAGAAGCCCUGAAACUAACUCACAAUCUACCAUUUUUAAUUUUUUAUUGCACUAAGUCUGUCCGUCCGUCCU